AUGGCUCCUUGUGAGCGAGCCGAUCCCUCUGGGGGUCGAGUGACGAGCUUCAGGUCGACAUGGACUAUGACCCACUCGAGCGAUAUAGUAGGUCUCCGCUCAUUCCUCGAGGAGGAGAAGAUCGGGUCACUUAAGAACGAGGUCGAGUCCCUCAAGAGGACGAUCGAGGAGCUAAAGAAAGAGCUUAAGAUCGAGAAAAAUCAAGUAUGGCAAGAGGCUUACAAGGAAUACCUAAUCGAUCGCUUCGUCAACUCCCUUGCCUUUCUUCAAAAGGUGACACCUAAGGAUCAUCAACACUUCAGGGAUGAUAGUGAUAGUGCGACUGGGCUACCUUUCCUGGCGGGAUGGAAUGGAGAUCCGAGACUUCCUAAGGGCCAUCCCUGGUAG